UAUAUGCUAUCUAUGAUAUGCCCUCCUUCACUUCUCAUUGUUUCCUCAUUGAAUUGCUAUUUUAGUGUGUUCUGUUUCACCACUAAACACAAGAUUUGCAAUGAUAUUAACCUUUGAGAGGUGCCCAAAAAACAUGGGAUUUGAUAGGCAAUGCAAGUAAAUGACUGGGACGCGGGAACAACUUUUGUCUUCUGAAAGGCAAACAAUACCAGGGUGAAGUAUGCUUGCUGCUACCAGAGGCACAUGGCUUUCCCAAAGAUUCUUCAGUGUAUCUAAGAAAGUUUCAGAUCAAUUACAUUUGUUGGGACCUACUGAUUUAAGGCUGCUGAUUAGGAACAAUGAUUCCAGGAUAACAACCACAUCUGGACUAGCCAAUGGAUACCAGCAGGCAAACGUUGUCAUCAUUCCCAAACAUCUGGCCGAUGAUUUUGGAGUGUUUUGUCACAAUAAUCCCGCUCCUUUGCCACUCCUGUACUGCAGCCAACCGGGAGAGACCUCAUGUCCACCUCUUGCAAAAGAUGCUGACAUAAGGACAGACAUCUCGAAGUACCGAGUGUAUCAGGACGGUGAUCUGGUAAAAAGUAUCUCCAGUCUGAAGAAUUACAGCGAUGUGCUCAGAGCUAUAUCGCAGAAGCCAUCUGUGCCUCCUGUUGAAUGGUCAGAUAUGGUUUGUUUCUACCUGGGCUGCAGCUUUGGCUUUGAGGGCAGCCUGAAGAAAGCUGGAAUUGUUGUCAGGAAUGUGGAGCAAGGCAGAAAUGUCAGCAUGUACAAGACUGCGGUUCCCUGUGUUGGAGCUGGUAUUUUCAGGGGCCCUCUUGUGGUGUCGAUGCGUCCAGUUCCACCUUCCAUGUUAGAUACAGCAGUCCAAGUCACUCACCGUAACCCACAAGCGCAUGGCGCCCCUGUGCAUAUUGGAGAUGCAGCUUUCUUAGGCAUAAAGGACCUGUCCAAACCAGACUAUGGGGAUCAAGUUGACCUGCAGCCUGGGGACGUUCCAGUCUUCUGGGCCUGUGGAGUGACUGCUAUCGAAGCAAUCGUCAGCAGCAAGCCAUCUUUAGCAUUCAGUCACUCGCCAGGCUGCAUGUUUUUGACUGACGUGCAAGACCCCUCCCUCAUAUCAAAUACAACUGACUGGGAAAAAUCUGAAGCAACAAGUCCUGAGCUGGAGUUUAACCCCUUCUGCUUCCAGAUAUCUCAAAAUCCCUUGUUCUUCUCUAUGGCAUCACAGAUGGCUGUGGCAAAGAUCAGGCAGUUGGAUGCAAUCAUAGGAGAAGAUCCAGGUCAACGGGGAAUCAAGGCAUUGUUUGUUCAAGAUGAACUUCUACGCUCCUGUCUGGCCCUUUCUCACUCAUCCUCUGUUGCCAUAACAACAGGCCUCCCCACACAUUAUAUGCACAAUCCCCCUGAUGAAACUGAUGGCCCACCCGGAGCCAUUGCCAUGGCAACCAUGCUGCUUUCCCUUGGAAAACAAGUUACAAUGGUGACAGACAAGAGAGCCUUGCAGAUGAAUCAGGCCAUCAUUGAUGAAGCUGUGAAAACAGGUGUACUGAAAUCAACAAUUCCACUGGUCGUCUUCGAAGACAACGUUCCAAACGCCCCACUUAACUUUUUGUGUCACAACGGAGAUCCUUCUAAGCCAAAGUAUGACCACCUAGUGGCAAUAGAACGCUGUGGACGAGCUGAGGAUGGAAACUACUACAACAUGAGGGCAAUAAACCUCAAACAUCUGGUAGAUCCAAUUGACGACCUGUUUAUUGCUGCGAAGGAGAUUCCAGGAAUAACCACUACAGGAAUUGGUGAUGGUGGAAAUGAGUUGGGGAUGGGUAAAGUGAAGGAGAAAGUGAAGAGCCUGAUGCCAAAGGGGGAUCUGAUUGCAUGUGACGUGCCUGCCGACUACGCCAUCACUGCAGGGGUUUCCAAUUGGGGAGGGUACGCUGUGGCCUGUGGCCUCUACUUGCUCCACACUUGCCCCACCCACACACGUUACUUAAACAAAGGCCUGGGAGUGAAUCGCCAAACCCCAGAAGAACUGCAGGACUGGAGAGCUAAUCUGCCGUCAGUGAUCAAGGAGGAGUCCAUCUUGGCGACUCUGGUGCGUUUUGGCAUCCGAAGUGGGAAAACUGCUCAUUUGGCCAUGGAGGUGGAUGGUUUGACUUUUCAUCCCACCCAUUCUGAUAUCAUUACUAGACUCCUGAAGGUUACUCUCGCGUAAAACAAUUGUAAUGAAAACAUGAUGUUUUUGCCUACAAUAUAACAUAGGAUAUAGACACUAACAGGUAUUAUGAUAUUAUCUGAAAUCACUUCUCUCAUGCCGUGGGAUCCUGUUUAACUCCUUGGCUGCCAGUGACGCGAUAGACGUCCAAUCCAAUUUGACUGGGAGAGUGUCAGUGAUUGUUUGAUUACUGCCAACCCCCAAUCAAAUGGGAUUGGACGUCCAAUCCAAUUUGACUGGGAGAGUGUCAGUGAUUGUUUGAUUACUGCCAAUCCCCAAUCAAAUGGGAUUGGACGUCUAUCAACGUCAUUGGCAGUGAAAACUGAUCAUUCAAUGAUUAUAGUUAUAUUUUACUAUACAGUAGAUUUCAUGCCGAUUGCUAUUAAUGCACCAUUUGUUGCCUGUAUGGAUGAAUGAUUUUUUUGCUUAGGGUUGUAACAAUUUAAAUCUUUUAACUUCCUGAUAUAAACAGUAGGACUGUGAUCUCGAAUGUCAGACAAUUUGUUUAACCGCAAUAAAACACU